GCCCAGGCAGUGGUGUAAGGGUGACCGGACGUCUGGAUACCCCAGUCCUCCUCUUUCUCCAUUCCUGGGCUGAAGGAAACAUCUGAACAUGUGGAAUCCCAAUGCUGGGCAGCCAGGACCAUAUCCACACCCGCCUAACGCUGGGUAUCCUGGAGGUUGCAAUCCUGCCCAUCCACCACCUGCCAACCCUCUCUUUCCUCCAGGCCCUUUUCCCACUCCCCCAGGAGCACCCCAGGGGAAUCCAGCCUUUCCCCCUGGUGGGCCCUGUCAUCCUGUGCCACAGCCAGGAUAUCCAGGAUGCCAGCCCUCAGGUCCCUACUCCUCUCCAUACCCACCACCUGGCCCUGGCAUGUGUCCUGUGAAUCCAUUGGUUCCUGGUGUAGUAGGACCAGGAAUAGUGAUUGACAAGAAGGUGCACAAGAAAAUGAAGAAAGCUCAUAAAAAGAAGCAGAAACACCAUAAGCAUGGCAAGCAUUCCUCCUCCUCCUCCUCUUCCAGCAGUGACUCUGACUGAAUACAGGGCCUGGACCCUUCCCUCAAGUCUCUCCAGUUCAGCUCUCCCAUCAAGCUUCAGAUGCCAUCUUGUACUGGGGGAAAGUAACUCUUGCUACCCCUUCCCCUCAACCCCUGCAAUCUAAGCCUCAUUCUGCUGUUCAGCAUUAACUAGCUAGGACAAAUCAGAAAAGAAUUGCCACAGGCUAACAAAGGCCAUCUUCUCACUGCUUGGAUAGAACUUUUAGCUGAUGAGU